AGGAGGCAGGCUAUACCUUCUGUUGCGGAGUACCAGCCCUCAGUCUCGCUCCAGGCGAAAAGCGCGAGGCAAGCCCAUUACUUUGCCAAACCGCGUUGAGCUUCCGGACGUACGAGCACGGCUAGCCGUACUCCAGGCGUUCAGCGGCUCUCCAGCCGGCUCAUUUCCUUUCACCGAAACGUAUUGAGGGGGCAGACUGAGGAGAGCCAUUGUCAACCACACAAAGGACCUCACUCCUCGACAUAAAGGAUGCCGUUUUCAACACGCGACCACCAGUUGUGAUCAGUAUCCGAAUAAGUUUUCCAAGUUGGAGUUAUGUGAAUGCUGGCGGCAUGCAGGAUGUUUCGUUUGGACUAGCGGACUCGGUAAUGCAAGACAUAGCCUAACAAUAAAUUUAGUGUUUGGUGUGGACAGCCAGUUUGCUGCUCAAUCCACAUGUAGGAAAGCGUUCAUUUCCAAGCGGGGUAAAAAAUAAAAAAAAACGCGUGUUCUUACUGCUCGUUAUUACUCCAGGCAUAUCUCCUCGUGAUUUUUUAAGCACGCUCCCUAAACUGCAUUUACUGGAACCGGGUUUUAUACUUUAUAAAGUAUAAAAGUACAGUUUGCAUAAAGCGAACUGCAAUCUACAUUUUCAAGAUGCGACGUAGGACAGUUGUGGACGUGAAAGUCGUGAAUGUGGAGAAGAGGCGCAAUCCUUCCAAACACUACGUGUACCUCAUCAACGUCACGUACUCCGACUCCAGCUCCCACACCAUCUACAGGAGAUACAGCAGAUUCUUCGACCUCCAGAUGCAGAUCCUUGACAAAUUCCCAAUUGAGGGAGGACAGAAAGACCCCAAGAAACGGAUCAUCCCGUUCUUACCAGGCAAGAUCCUGUUCCGACGAAGUCAUGUCCGAGACGUGGCGAUGAAAAGGCUGCGCUUCCUCGAUGAUUACUGCAGAGCUCUGGUGCGACUUCCCACUCAGAUCUCCCAGAGUGAAGAGGUCCUGAGAUUCUUCGAGACGAAACCGGACGACCUCAACCCCCCUAAAGAGGACUUCAGCACCUCCAAGCGCAAGUCAGGCGUGGACGGCGCCGACCCCAUGGUGCUGGAGCAGUACGUGGUGGUGGCCAGCUACGAGAAGCAGGAGAGCUCCGAGAUCAGCCUGCAGGCCGGGGAGCUGGUGGACGUCAUCGAGAAGACAGAGAGCGGCUGGUGGUUUGUCAGCACGGCGGAGGAGCAGGGCUGGGUCCCUGCCACGUACCUGGACUCUCAGAGCGGCACGCGGGACGACCUGGAGCUCAGCACCUCCAGGACGGGGGAAGUUACUAAGCGGAGAAAGGCUCACCUGAAGAGGCUGGACCGGCGAUGGACGCUGGGCGGCAUCGUCAACCGACAGCAGAGCCGAGAGGAGAAGUACAUCACCGUGCAGCCGUACAGCAGCCAGGGGAAGGACGAGAUCGGGUUCGAGAAAGGGGUCACCGUGGAGGUCAUCCAGAAGAACCUGGAGGGAUGGUGGUAUAUCAGGCACCAGGGCAAGGAAGGCUGGGCCCCCGCCUCGUACCUGAAGAAGAUGAAGGAGGACUUCUCCUCCCAACGCAAGAAGACCCUGGGGGGCCCCGUGGAGAUCAUCGGGAACAUCAUGGAGAUCAGCAACCUGCUGAACAAGAAGGCGGCGAGCGAGAAGGACGUGCAGACGGACGGCGCGCCCGAGGAGCCCCCCGCCGCCAAGAGGGAGAUCAGCCUCCCCAUCCCCUGCGAGGACCCCGGCAGUGGCGCCGCCCUGCUGGACGGGAGGGGGAGAGCGGAGCCGGGGUCCCCUGCUGUGGCCCGCAUCGCCCCGCACCGCGUGGAGAUCGGCGUACAGGCUUUAGAUAUGCCACCUCUUCAAAGGUUAAAGUGCAAGCGCCGUUCAGGUUCUCCGAACCUGAGACAGAAACCGCCACCACGGAGAGAAGCCAGCCUGGGAUUUCAGUUACCAAAGCCACCAGAGCCCCCAACUGUUGAGGCAGAGUACUACACCAUCGCAGAGUUCCAGUCCUGUAUAUCUGAUGGCAUCAGCUUCCGUGGAGGACAGAAGGCUGAUGUCAUAGAGAAGAACUCGGGUGGCUGGUGGUAUGUACAGAUUGGAGAAAUGGAGGGUUGGGCCCCCUGCUCCUACAUAGACAAAAGAAAGAAGCCCAACCUGAACAGGAGGACCAGCACGCUGACCAGGCCGAAAGUCCCGCCCCCGGCCCCGCCAGUCAAGAAGCAGGACUCCGAGGAGUCCGCCCCGCCCAGCAGCCCCGCCUCCAAAGCCCAGCCCGAGUCGCCCAGCAAGCCUGCGUACGAGGAGCCGGAGUACGACAUACCGGCGGUGGGGUGCGACCUGGAGCCAGAGCCGGAUUCUCCGCCCCCCGGGGAGCCCGCGGGGGAGGGGAGACGCGAGGACGCGCCCCCCGAAAAGCGCUCCCAGCCGCCCCCCCUGCGGACCGCGUCCUUCAAGGUGGGGGGGUCCGCCGAGGACGUCGCCAAGGAGGAGGAGGAGUCCGUCUACGAGAACGACGGCUUCAGGCCCUGCGUCGAGGACGCGGCGUCCGGGAGGGAGUCCAGCGGCGACUCGGACUCCCCGAAAACGAGCUCCGCCUUCUCCGCGGCUCGCCGGGGCCUGCCGUCCCGGUCGUCGCUGGGGAGCGGGAAGGCCGCGAGGAAGGCCCAGCCCGAGCUGGCCAGGAGCCAGUCCCUAACCAAAGCCGAGGGGGUCAGUCCCAGGUCCUCCUCAGACGAAUCCGCUCGGGCCGGGCCCAGGCAGGCGGGCGCCAGGAAGGACGUGGACCUCAGGACGGGCCAGAGUCCCUCCACCAAGCCCAAGCCCGUGGUCCGGCCCAAACCCCUGCUGGCCAAGUCCGAGGGCCCGAGCCCGGAGAAGAUGGACAUCAGCACCCUCCGGCGCCAGCUGCGGCCCACCGGCCAGCUGAGGCCCGGGCUGAAGGCCUCCCGCGGGGAGGACUCGGAGACGGCCUCCGUCAUCUCCUCCGAGGACUCGGUGAGCUCGCGGAGCACCUCCGACCUCUCCAGCACCUACUCCAAGGGCAGCCGGGGCGACUCCGACUUCGAGGGCCCCCUCUACCGCACCACGGACAGCUACGAGAAGGUGCAGGACUCGGAGGUCAGCUUCGCGGCGGGCGUGGAGGUGGAGGUGCUGGAGAGGCAGGAGAGCGGCUGGUGGUACGUCAGGUGCGGGGACGCGGAGGGCUGGGCGCCCACCUACUACCUGGAGCCCGCGCGCCCCCCGCAGCCCGACGCGGCCGGCCCGGAGUCCGACGGCCCGCCCGCCAAGCAGGGCAGCAUGAGCAAGUCCAACAGCCUGGAGAAGAAUGAGCAGCGGGUGCAGGCCCUCAACAACAUCAACCAGAGCAUGCGCCGCGGCACCCCGCCCGUCCCGUCCAAGCCGCCCGGCGGUUUCGGCAAGCCCGCGGGCCCGGGCGGCGGCGGCGGCGGCGGCGGCGUGAAGCUGCGGAACGGCGUGCGGCAGCUGGCCGUGCGGCCGCAGUCCGUCUUCGUCUCCGCGCCGCUGAAGGACACCAAUGUCGUGAGCGGCUCCCUCCGGAGGAACGAGUCGCUCACCUCCGCCGACCAGCUCAAGGGCGGUGGCGCCGCCGUGCGCCGCAACUCCUCCUUCAGCGCGGUGCGGCCGCAGGGGGGCGCCGCCGACGCCAGGCUGAGGCAGCCGGACAAGGCGGGCGUGGGGGCGGGCACCACGGUGGGGGGCACCACGGGCGGGGGCACGGACGCCCAGAGGAACGGGAUCCCCGUCUCCGCCGUCCGGCCCAAGCCCAUCGAGAAGUCCCAGCUCAUACACAACAACCUCAGAGAAGUUUACGUCUCCAUCGCCGAUUACCGCGGCGACGAGGAGACCAUGGGGUUCCCUGAGGGGACCAGCUUGGAGGUUCUGGAGCGGAACCCCAACGGCUGGUGGUACUGCCAGGUUCUGGACAGCGGCCGGACCCAGAAGGGCUGGGUUCCCUCCAACUACUUGGAAAGAAAGAAGUAAAAAAAAAAAAAACCUCUUACACUUUUUUCUCGUUCAGAAUAAUGCAAGUUCAUUUUUUUUUUUUUUUUAAACAAUGAAAAUCUAAAUCUAAACUAAAUGGAAAGAAGAGACACUUUUAGUGCUGGUUUACUAAAAUGUAUAUGUCAAGACUGUUAAAAAAAAAAAAAAACACAAAACAAAAAAAAAA